UAAAGCGCACACUAAAACACGCACAUCUCGUAGGCUCGUCGUACCAGCCGUUGGUUCCGUUCCACCCCCACCACGGUGCGCACGAAAGCACACAAAACCCGCGCAAAUCAUGGACCUACGACAAGCCCAUUCAAUCGCUCGCCAAUCUAACGGCUUGAGAACCGCCGUAUGCGCUCGAUAACCUCGUGCAUCCACACAGCGCACGAUAGCUUGUCUCCGCCUAAAUGGUUAUCGUUCUCCCUUGGAUGCGCUCUAUUCUCCCCUGCCUUGCCUCCCCGCCACUUUCUUCUUUUCACUAUCGCUCUUUUAAUUUUCAGUUAGUUAUUGACCGUUACAUUCACAUUUCAGGUGCAUUGGAGAUAUGAUUGGGUGUUGGUGAGGUGGAAGAUGAGCAGAUUGUAUGUGUGGGAUGAAAUUUUUUGAAGAGACCCGUUUGAGAUUCUUGGGAGUUUGGAGAAAUUUAAUUGAGUUGGAGAUCAUAGCUCCAGGGGAUGAGAAUUCGAACUUGGGUUUAGAGAGAGGAGCACACUGCGCUAGCCAACUUGACGAAGCCCGUGUCUGAGUUUGGUUUAAAACUGAAGUUUAAUUCGUGUAUUGGGUGAAGAAAUGUCAGAAGGUACAAGUCUAGGGAUGGAAGAUUUAUCCCAGGAUGACAUUGGCACAAUAGAGGAAACAGCUGAAGACACGAUUUUGUCACGACAGACUUCGGUGAAUCUUGUUCCCUUUGUUGGACAAAGAUUUGUUUCCCAAGAAGCUGCUUAUGAAUUUUAUUGCAGUUUUGCAAAACAGUGUGGCUUUUCAAUUAGGCGCCAUCGUACACGAGGCAAGGAUGGUGUUGGUCGGGGAGUGACAAGGAGGGAUUUUACUUGUCAUCGUGGUGGAUAUCCACAGAUGAAGCCAUCCGAAGAUGGAAAGAUGCAAAGAAAUCGUAAAUCAUCACGAUGUGGUUGUCAAGCAUACAUGCGGAUUGUUAAGCGGGCAGACUUUGAUGUCCCUGAAUGGCGUGUUACAGGCUUUAGCAACAUCCAUAACCACGAAUUAUUGAAAUCCAAUGAAGUGCGUCUCCUUCCUGCCUACUGUUCCAUGUCUACUGAUGACAAGAGUCGGAUUUGCAUGUUUGCAAAAGCUGGGAUGUCAGUGCGGCAAAUGUUAAGAUUGAUGGAGAUGGAGAAAGGUGUUAAGCUAGGUUGCUUGCCAUUUACUGAGAUAGACGUGAGAAACCUAUUACAGUCUUUUAGAAAUGUUAAUAGAGAUAAUGAUGCAAUUGAUCUUAUAGCAAUGUGCAAAAAGAUGAAAGAUGAAAGCCCUAAUUUCAAGUAUGAAUUUAAAAUAGAUGGCCACAACAGACUGGAACAUAUUGCAUGGUCUUAUUCUUCAUCAGUUCAAUUGUACGAGGAAUUUGGAGACUCAGUGGUUUUUGACACAACUCAUCGGUUGGACGCCUAUGAUAUGCUGUUAGGCAUUUGGCUUGGAGUGGAUAAUCAUGGAAUGACUUGUUUCUUUGGGUGUGCGCUUCUGCGGGAUGAAAAUAUGCAGUCCUUUUCCUGGGCAUUGAAGACAUUUUUGGGCUUCAUGAAAGGAAAGGCUCCACAAACAAUGUUAACUGACCAUAACAUGUGGCUGAAAGAGGCUGUUGCUAUUGAAAUGCCUCGGUCGAAGCAUGCCUUUUGCAUAUGGCACAUCGUCGCAAAGUUCUCAGAUUGGUUUUCUGUACUUCUUGGUCCUCGUUAUGAUGAUUGGAAAGCGGAGUUUCACCAGCUGUUUAAUCUGGACUUGGCGGAAGAUUUUGAAGAUAGAUGGAGGGAAAUGGUUAAUGAAUAUGGACUGCAGGCAAAUAAGCAUGUAAUCAGCUUAUACGCACUGCGGAAUUUUUGGGCUCUAGCAUAUUUGAGGAAUUACUUUUUUGCAGGAAUCAUGAGUACAAGUCAGUCAGAGUCGAUUAAUGCUUUUAUCCAACGCUUUUUGAGUGCACAGUCUCAACUAGACCGUUUUGUAGAGCAAGCAGCUGAUGUCGUUGAUUAUAAUGAUCGGGUUGGGGCAAAGCAAAAGAUCGAAAGGAAACUGCAGAGAGUUUGCCUUAAGACAGGUUCACCAAUUGAAUCACACGCUGCCUCUGUUCUUACUCCUUAUGCAUUUGGAAAACUUCAAGAGGAACUUGUAUCGGCUCCACAAUAUGCAUCUCUUGCGGUAGAUGAAGGUUGUUUCCAGGUCAGACACCAUACUGAGGCAGAUGGAGGCUGCAAAGUGGUUUGGAUUCCUUGUCAAGAGCACAUUAGCUGUACCUGCUAUCAGUUCGAGUUUUCAGGCAUCCUUUGCAGGCAUGUUCUUCGUGUCUUGUCAACUAAUAAUUGUUUUCAUAUUCCGGACCAAUAUCUACCCACCCGUUGGUGUUCUGUCAGUUCAUCUUCCACCAACACCUUUGAGACUGCUACCAUUACAGACAAUUCUGAGAAGAUUCAGUUAUUGGAGUCCAUGGCUUCAACACUUAUUACGGAGUCAGUUGAAACAGAGGAACGCCUCGAUGCUGCCUGCAAGCAAAUUGCAAUGGUAUUAUCGCGCAUUAAAGACCUGCCCAGGACAACACAUAAUGCAAUCGACAUUGCAUAUAAUUGUCCGUCUGAUUCAUUGAUUCUGCCGGGUGUGGAAGAUCACGGUGAUGGAAUCGUUCGUUUCACGAUUGGUAAUUCUCAUGAAUCCGUUACUCUAGGGAAGCUCAAGGAAAGAAGGCCAAGAGAUAUGGUUGAAAUUAGUAAAAAGCGACGGCAUUGCUCAGGGCCUUGCUGUCUGAGCGUCCAGCAGUGAAAGGUUUGAUUAAUAUGUUGAAUGGAGUUACAACGGUAGGGUACUUGUAGAGUAAAAGAUCGGAAAUACUAGGAAACGUGUAACAAAGGAAUAGCAUUAUACUUUUCCCAACCUUCUUUACUUGUGUCCAUUCUUGUGGAGCAACUUUGUAUUUUUGUUCUGGUGAACCAAAUGUAAGUCGAAGACAAACGACGAUGACAAGAAUCUGUUAGCCAUCA